AUGUCUGAGGACAAUGGUGCCCACCCCAACCUUGUAGGCAAUAAGCAUCCCUCACCUUCCCAAGAUGCUGGUGCUGCUGCCAAUCUUGUAGGCUGUGAGGGAGAAGAGGAUGAAGUUGAGGAGGAUGGUCUCCGCUGCUGGAGAUCCUGAUAGACUUUAACAACACCCUGUCUGGUGUACAAAGCACCCUGCCUACCCCCUCAGAGGCAGGGGGUUUUAAACUGUUCCUUGAUGAGGAAUUGGUGGAGAGUGUGGUGCAGGAAACCAACAGGAAUGUCCAUUAUCAUAUUAGAUAA